AUGUUCUUGAUUCAACAUCGGUUCAAUGCUAGAUCAAUUGAAAAUGACGUUUUAUUCAUGAUAAUCAUAAAAAUUAUUCUUACGCGCAUAGGAAAUCGGUUGUUUGAAUCGGUCGAAUUUUUAAGUAGUGGACGUGUUAUCCGUCAAACUUCCUGGAUUAAAUUAAGAACGAACUAG